UCAACGCGCCGGCGGUGCGGGGUCACGAACUAUGACCUUUAACAGAAGAAAACCAAAACAAAUAUUUUAUAAAAUAGCAGAGCGUCCUAAUUCCGCGACCGCCGUUUCCCGGAGACCUCACUAAUGACCUUACAUCAUCAUGACAACCAACCUGAAUCUGCUCUCUCAGCAGAAAGUGGAUUCUGAGCACGAGGCAGAGGUGUCAUCCUCUCCAUCAGACUCAGUGAUGAGUGAGUCUCCACAGCGCUUUCAGGUCAUCUCCACUGAGCCUGCCGUAACACCACAGCGUAUACAGAUUGUAACUGACCAGCAGACAGGUCAGAAGAUCCAGAUAGUAACAGCGAUGAACCCGUCCAGUGCUCCUAAGCAGCAGUUCAUUCUAACUACGGCAGACGGCUCAGGGGCAGGCAAGGUUAUCCUGGCCUCUCCAGACAGCCACAACACUAAGCAACUCAUCUUCACUGCUGCAGACAGCCUGAUGCCAGGAAGGAUACAGAUCGUCACAGAUCCAGUGUCAAUGGAACGGUUGUUAGGGCAGUCGGGGGACUUGAGCCGACCGCAGCCAGUGGAGUACUGUGUGGUAUGUGGGGACAAGGCUUCAGGACGUCACUAUGGAGCAGUCAGUUGUGAGGGAUGUAAAGGCUUCUUUAAGCGGAGCGUGAGGAAGAACCUGACCUACAGCUGCCGCAGCAAACAGGACUGCAUCAUCAACAAACACCACCGCAAUCGCUGCCAGUUCUGUCGGUUGCGGAAAUGCCUUAACAUGGGGAUGAAGACUGAGUCUGUCCAGAGUGAGAGAAAACCCAUCGAUAUAGUGCCCAGAGAGAAGCAUGCCAACUGUGCUGCCUCCACCCAAAAGAUCUACAUUCGUAAAGACCUAAAUAGUCCGCUCAUCGCCACACCAACCUUUAUCUCUGAUACAGAGACAGAUGGCUCCAGAUCCAGCCUGCUGGAGCAGGGGAUGCUGGUUAACAUCCAGCAGCCAGUCAUCCAAAGUGAUGGAACUUUGCUGCUGGCCUCUGACUCAAAGAUUGAGUCUGGGCAUGGGGAUUUGGGGACACUAGCCAAUGUGGUGACAUCACUGGCCAACCUGAGUGACUCAUUGAAAGAAAACAUAAACAAUGGGGACACCUCAGACGGCCAACAUGAGGAGCAAUCUGCCAGCGAGAUAACACGUGCCUUUGACACCCUGGCCAAAGUCUUCAACCCACCUGAAGUAGCGGUCGGACAGAGUCUGGCAGAUAAGUCGCAGUGUGUCGGUGGAACAACGAUCCAGCUGAUUGGUCGAGACCAGGAGACCCCAAUCAUUGAGGUGGAGGGACCACUGCUCACUGACAGCCAUGUUGGCUUUAAGCUGACCAUGCCCAACCCCAUGCCAGAGUAUCUGAAUGUUCACUACAUCUGUGAGUCGGCAUCAAGGCUUCUCUUUCUCUCCAUGCACUGGGCACGCUCAAUCCCUGCCUUCUCAGCUCUCGGUCAGGAGGCAAACACCAGUCUGGUGCGAGCCUGCUGGAAUGAGCUGUUCACUCUGGGUCUUGCUCAGUGCGCUCAUGUGAUGAACCUGUCGACCAUCCUCGCUGCCAUCAUUAACCACCUUCAGAGCAGCAUCCAGGAUGACAAACUUUCAGGGGAGAGGGUGAAGCAGGUGAUGGAGCAUAUCUGGAAGUUUCAGGAGUUCUGUAACAGCAUGACGAGGUUGGAGACUGACAGCUACGAAUAUGCCUACCUGAAGGCUAUAGUGUUGUUCAGCCCUGAUCACCCGGGUGUGGACAGCAGCGGGCAGAUUGAGAAGUUCCAGGAGAAAGCUCUGAUGGAGCUGCAGGACUACGUGCAGAAAACCUAUCCAGAUGACACAUACAGGCUGACCCGUAUCCUGACUCGUCUCCCCGCCCUGCGCCUCAUGAACUCAAGUAUCACCGAGGAGCUCUUCUUCACUGGCUUAAUAGGUAACGUCUCUAUUGACAGCAUCAUUCCCUACAUCCUCAAGAUGGAGACGGCCGAGUAUAACAGCCAGGACUCUGACCCUACAGAAUGACGCGCCAGCACUUCAGCACUCAGAACUGUUGAUUUAAAGGUGGUACUCUCUUUGUCACUCAAAGGGUUUUGCUGUUGAACCCCAGUCCAAAAGCCUGCAGCAGCCCCUUGUUUUCUAACAAUGCAUGAUGCAAAGUCAUUCAGGUAUCCCUGGUAGAUUUAGAUAAUCUGGCAUUGGAGAGCCAGGGUGACCCUUGGAAUGUCCCAUGGAGCUGAUGCAGUGUGGAAAUCUUGAGAUUCUGACCUAAACUCAGCCGCUCUGUAUUAAAUGAAAAAGGAAUUCUCUGCAGCUGCAACUAGCUCACUUCAAGCUCAUUACAUGUGAACUUCACCCACUGGCCUAAGCCUUUCAAAUUGUUGUAGUCUUAUCUUUGCCUCACCAUGCUUUCAUGAUGAUCACAUACAUAAUUUGCAGAUAUCGGAUGAGGAUGUAUUAACAAACACAGUCCAGAAUCUGAGUAUCACAAACAGAAAUUUUAUAAGUGUAAUUGGAAUUUUUUGUAUUUAAAAAGUUUGAUCUUAAAACUUAAGUAAAUCUGAGUAUUUACUUCAAAAGUGUACUUGGAGCUGUAAAGUAUUUAUUUAGUUUGGCUUUUGCAAGCAUUGUCACAGUACAAUCCUGUAUGGGUAAUGACUGUGCUGUUAAAUUGAGAAAUCAGGCUUUAACAAAGACUCAGUAUAAUUUAUUUGUAAUUAUUUAAACUUUGAAAAUAACACAAUUGACAUGAAUGAACAGUUCUUUACUCUAAUUAAAUCUAAAUAAUAGUUGGAAAGAGGACUUCAGUCAGGUGCAUGAGCUAACUCAAAGCUCAAUCCUUAAUUUGCAGUAGAAGUAUUCAUAUGCACUGGCUAUCACACCGUUCAUAGCUCAUUACAACGAGACAAAUGUCUGAUUUUAUCCUGUCUUUCAGUUUUAAUUUACAUUCAUUUCAUUAAGCCAAAUUAGCCAGUUAAACUGACCACAUGUCCUUUUUUAUACUGAAUGACAUUUCCGAAAGUCUAAGUUUGGGAGUGUUUUUAUGUUUAGGUACACUUAUUUUUCUGGGUUAUCAUGAAUAUGUUGCUAUUAUAAACCGUGCAAUCACCUCAUCACUUUUCCCUUAAUGACAAUCAGUUAUAUGUUAUUUCCUUCUGUCGUAUUAGCAUCACAUCUAUUCUUCUCAAUCUGCAUUUUCUAUGUGUAUUUAUCAGCGGCAAGUAUUUCUUCAAGAAUUAGAUUAUCAUAAAAAUUUUGGGUUCAGAAAUGUUACUUAUGUGUAGCUAUGCUACUGUUUUUGUACUUGUGUUUUGCAUUUGUAUUCUGCUAAGUGCACAUCAAUCAGCUUUUGUGGCGUUCCACUGAAUUGAUGCUGACUGAAACUUUGUGUUUUGUAUGUUUUCUAAAAACUUUAAUUUGUUGUAAACAAAUUUGCUUGUUGCAUACUAAGUGUACUUAAAGUACUUUUGGGCAGGUUUCCCUGAUUUAAAAGAAAAAAAAAAACAAAAAAAAAAACGAGAUCUUCUGGGAAGUCAAUCUCAAGUGCAUCAGUGUCUUAAAGACCAUAUGACGAUAUGCAUUGGCUUACCCACUUGUAUAAUGGUUCAGCAUCCACAGUAACAUGAAUGAUAACGGGGAUGUAAAGAAGUUAACAAUGAUUAUGUCUUCUGAAAAUAAUGCCAAUUGUAAUAAUUGGGUUUAAAACCCAUACAGACUGUUUGUAAAGGCACUGGUGUGAAAUGACCUUUUACAUGUAAUUUCAUUAAAAUGAGUGCAUGUUGUUUUUAAAAGCGGGGUUUUAUAAUCUUGACGCUGUCUGCCCUAAUAAGGAGCAUUGUUAUAAUUUUUAUAGUGCAUUGCAGUGCAUGAAGAAGUUGCUUAAGUGCAUUUUAUUAAAUGCUGUAUGAAAAAUGUUGAUUUAAAUGUUGUGGCUUUUAAAUAUCUACCAGGAGCAGCUCCCACAUUAGAGGAUAUCAGAGCAAUUUUUUUUUUUUCAGCUUUCUGGAUCGAGUAUCCCAUGGUUCAAAUUUUAUACAAUGUAAAUAUUUUCUGCGCAUGUAAAAUGUAUUUCUUCAAACAUUGAGAUUGAGAAACUCAAACAUUCAUGUUUUUGCUCAAGUUCGUCACAACCCUACAUUUCUACCUCACACCAAUGAAGAUAUAAAACAAGUGUAUUAACGACUGAGCUCCUGUAUCAGCAUUCCAGUCUCUGGGGCCGGCUUCUCUGAAGCCACAUAUUAUAAAAGAAAUAAACAAUUAUUCACGAAAUAUGACGACUUGAGUCUGUUCAUAUUGGGGACUGAGGAUGAGAGGAGUGUUUCUGGCAGAUCUCAGUCAAUACCUGGACAUUACAGCUAAAGUGAAACUGUCUAUGCACAGUGAGAGUUUUUGGUGUCUGCAGAAAUAUUAUACUAGUUUUUUUUAUAGAACUAGCAUAUAGUCCAUUUUAUGUUAUGGUAUUACCGGUCAGGUUUAAAGCUCAAGUCCUUGGUCUGAGCAAGAACACUGGGAAGAUUCCGGGAAUUUGUCCUUUAUCAGUUAAGUUUAUUUAAGGGCAACUAUUGGA